AUUUUUUAAUAAUAAGAUUGUGCAUAACGGAUAACAAAAAAUAUUGCUAAUCAGAGAAAGUUCGAGCGGGAAUAUUAAAGAUGGAGUAUACAUUCUUGAUCUUCUUAAUAUUACUCAAGGGAAGAGGUUUGACACAAAUGCAGUGUGGAAAGCAACUUGAAGGAUUGCAAGGCGAAGUCACACAUCCGGAGUAUCCGGAAAAAUAUGGCUCCGAUGCAGAUUGCAGGUGGACAACAAUAGCUCGAGAGAAAGAUGACGUGAAAUUAUCAUUUGAGUUACUUGAUAUGGAAUCUGAUCGAGAGGGAAGAUGUUCAUACGAUUACGUGAGCAUAAAAUUUAGUUCAAAAGAUGGACCGGAAAAGUUUUGUGGGAUAGAAGGCCAAAGAACCGCUGAUGCAAAAAUGCAAACCGAAGGGAAAGGUCCUCUUGUCAUACGAUUUAUAACUGACGACAGCAUGGAAUUCAAGGGAUUCAAACUACGAUACGAAAUCACGCGAUAUGAUUACUGUCUCGAUGAACCGUGUAAAAACGAAGGAAGAUGUAUUUUGGAAGAGCAAGAUUCUGAAGGAUGGGUUUGUGCUUGUAUACGAGGAUGGGAAGGAAAGACUUGUGAAACAGAUAAAGACGAAUGUGCACCGGAACCCUGUCAAAAUGGAGGGAGUUGUACAACACCAGAGUUUGAUAUGUACAAAUGUGAUUGUGUACCUGGUUAUACCGGGGACAAUUGUGAGACAGAUAUCAACGAAUGCGAAUCUUCACCUUGCCAAAAUGGAGGCGAAUGUACUGAUGAGGCAAAUUCUUACGAAUGUAUUUGUGCAAACGGAUAUGUAGGAACAAAUUGUGAAACAGACAUUGAUGAAUGCGCAUCAAAUCCAUGUAAAAACGGGGGAAGAUGUAUUGAUCAAGUCGCUCGAUUUGCUUGCAGAUGUGUAGCGGGUUAUGAAGGAGAUGAUUGCAGUAUAAACAGAGAUGAUUGUGCUAGUGAUCCAUGUCAAAAUGACGGUGAUUGCAUUGAUGGAAUCGACAAAUAUUCCUGUGAUUGUGAAGAUGGCUUCGUCGGUGAUCAUUGUCAAAUAGACAUUCCGGAAUGUUCAAGCAGCCCCUGCAAGAAUGGUGCAAGGUGCUUUGAACCAAAACCAGAUGAGUAUUUCUGCGCCUGUGCACCUGGAUAUACUGGAAGAAAUUGUGAUAUUGAAUAUGAUGAAUGCUCUUCCUCACCGUGUUUAAAUAACGCAACCUGCGUUGACAAGUCAAACGGAUAUGAUUGCCAAUGUGCAAUUGGCUUCGAAGGAGAAACAUGUGAAAUCGAAAUAAACGAAUGCGAUUCUGAUCCUUGUCAAAACGGAGGAACAUGUCACGAUAAAAUCGGUAGUUUCGAAUGUGAAUGUAAAGAAGGAUUUUACGGCACUUUGUGUGAGAGCGAAACAAAUCACUGUGAAUCUAAUCCAUGUUUAAACGGAGCGACAUGUAAUUCAACCAAAACUGAAUACACUUGUCACUGUCUCGAAGGCUUCGAAGGCGAACACUGCGAAACAGAUGUUGACGAAUGUUCUUCGGGACCGUGCACGAAUGGAGGCACUUGCAAAGAUGGUAUAAAUAGGUUCGAUUGUGAGUGUACACCCGGAUACGGUGGAGUAAUGUGUGAAAUUGAACUAGACGAAUGUGACAGCGAUCCUUGUAAAAAUGAUGGAAACUGCAUUGACUAUCCCAGCAAAUUUGAAUGUAUUUGCAAGAAGGGAUAUGCUGGGGAAACGUGUGAAAUCGAUCAAACAUCCCCAUGUCUUUCAAAUCCAUGUCAAAAUGGUGGAACAUGUGAAGAAGAUAAUAGUAAAGGUUUCCGAUGCAUUUGCACUGAAAAAUACGACGGAGAUUUGUGCGACAAAGAAAAAGAAAAUGACAAUAAAACGGAUGCUGAAUGGAAAGACGACAAAGAAUGUCAUCCGUACUCUUGCUUAAACAAUGGAGUUUGUGAUCAACAUGAUGGAUACUUCACUUGUUCGUGUAAUCCAGGAUUUACUGGAAAGUAUUGCGAAACAGAUAUAAAUGAAUGUGAGUCUGAGCCAUGUCAAAACGGUGGAUCUUGCAUGGAUAGAGCAAAUGAAUAUUGGUGUAUUUGCCGAGAUGGAUUCAAAGGACUGCAAUGCCAAGACGAUUCAGAAGCAGAUUGGCAGAAAGAUUCUCAUCUUCUCGCGGCUCUUCUUCCGAGCAUUUUAUUCUUAAUUGUCAUUGGUAUUCUGGCUGCCUUGUUUAUGCUCUGGGUGCGUAAAAGAAGAUCUGCUGCUAAUAAAGUGAACAAUAUCAACGUCAAACCAAAAAAGAACAAGAAGUCAGAUCCAAAGAAAGAUCGAUCAUUCAAAAUAACUGAAAGAUCAUCUAAAAAACAGAAGAAAGACAAAACAAAUAUCAUCGACUAUGAUCCAGUCGAGCCAUACGCAGAAACGUUUCAAAUGCAAAAUCUAACAAAUGAAUAUCAGUAUCCCACGAAAUACAAAGCCCAAAGUGAUCCUCUUAUGACUGGGGUACCAGAAGGACACUUGAACCCUAGCCAGUAUUCUUCUGUACCUGGUGUAGGAAUGGUAUAUCCAACAAACCAUCCACAACUGCCUUACGGCAUUCAAAAUCGUUAUCCCCAAUAUCCUCAAACCAAUCAAGCUCAUCAUUAUGAAGACUUUCAAAAUUAUAACUCGUACAAUCCUAAUCAAUAUGAUGAAGAUACUCCUUCUAGUUACAACUACUAUGAAGAGCCAAAAGUUAAUCAUGAACCAGAGCCUUACAGGGACAAAGAGAGGAGGGAAUCUAUAAACCGACAUGAUAAAGGUAGAGAAUACAAAACACCUUACAAAAGCAAUCAACAUAGCAGAAAAUCCCACAAACACAAACAACCAAAACAUAAACCAGAAUCUGUUGAAAGUGCAAGCGAUUCUCAAGAUACAAUCAGUGAAAUUGAUCUUGAGGAUUACACAGAAUAUAAUUCGAGGAAAGAUGACGAUCAGUUGUUAUCUUUGAAUAGUGAUUUAAGUUCUCUGCAUGGUCAAAGUACGUCUCCACCUAAAGAGAAAACAUCAAAAAUUAUGGGCCCACCUCUCGUGAGAGAUGAAUAUAUCGACGGCCUUAUAAAAGAAAGAGUUAUAGGCCAAAAUCCCGUCACCAAAGAUAAAGCUGUUCGAUUUGAUUUGCCUGCAGAUCAUUGGCAAGACAGAGAUACCGAACUGCUUAAAAACGUCCCAGAAGAACACCAGCGCAAUUACAUCAAUCCAAACAUGGGAAGGAAUCAUGGGGGGAAAUAUGGAUAUCUUCCACACAAUACAGAUAAACCGAGGAAACAAGUUCAGCGUAAACGCUCUGUUACAUUCUGUGAGCCGAAAGAUUUAUCUAAAAACAAUCGAAACAAAGAGAAACCUCGAGAACGAAAGGGCAAACCUCAUCCAUCAAUAGAACGAGAGAAAACCGGAUUCUUUCCAAACAAAUCAAAAUUACAUCGUAGAAAUUCUGAUGACGACAGAAAACGACCGGAAAAGCGCAGGCAACCUGUACGAAGAAGUCAGAGUAUUGAUUCAGGAAAGGGAACACCUGUCAAAGACAACAAAUCACAUCACAGAUCUAAAGACAACUACGACAGACGGCCACCAGAAGGCGAUUCAAGUGCAAUGUCUGGUGAAAGUGAUGAUCUUCGAAAAUCUUUCCAACAGACGCCAUCUAGCUAUAACUCUUCCCCGUUUAAACUUAUUCGCCGUAAUAAUUCAUUAAAAGUUAAUGAAGGGCGAGGGUUCCGAAGAGAGGCAGCUUUUUUUCAAAAUUGAAUUGUUCAUUUUAUGUCAUCAUGAUGAAUCAAUGUUGGCUGAUCACUUGUGUGCUAAUGGCGGCAUUUCGAAUUCACAAAAGUUCCGUCUUCAUUCGUGAAUUAACUAUGUAGUUGACAACAAUGACUACCUAACCGGUGCUGUUAUUACGAGGCAGACACGAUCUCGGGGACGAAUAAUAUAAACAAUAUCGCGCAUACAUUACAUUACGUUAUGGUGCAUGGUAAAACAUAUCUUGAACAUGUCAAGUUUGCCGAUUAUUUUCAAACUGUUCGCUGGUGGUAUAGAACGGUCCGUGUCACUGACAACUAAACUAAUAACCAUUUUUAUGAUCACCAAUAAAACUAACAAUAAUAUAGCACCGACAGUGAUUUCAACAUGAGAAUUUUGUAAAGGGUUCUUAUCAUAUUCGAAUUAAUGCGCGAAAAUUAUAUCGACUUCAUGAAAAUGAUACCGUCACUUGAAUGCAACCCGAGACAGGAUAAUCCAGCAAGAGAGAAACUAGGAUUUUUUGUUCUGAAAUGAGCAUUUUAUUUUUGCUGUCAAAGAUUUGGAACAACGUUUGGCGUUUUUUUAUGGGGUUGUAAACAUUUUUUAAUUUACUUUUCGAUUUAUUUUAUUAAUAUUUAUCAGGUCAUGUGUAAAAUACGACUCAGUUUCGUGAAAU